AUGAACGAAUGACUGGGUCGGUCAGAGUACAUAAGAAGCUCAGAUUUCUCUUCAGAUCAUUGCGGCUGUGGGUUGUGAUAUUUAAUCUUCACUAAAGAAUAUAAGAUGGAUCCACAUAUGACGAAGCAAACAUUACUUGCCGUCCUCCUGCUUCUGCCCAGUGUUUCAGCUAUCGGCCUGAAAGAUACUCUGUACGACUGCCUAGAGGACGACGACUACGAUCACCUGCUGGACACGGCACAGAACGGCCUCCCACGCAUAAACUCAACUCAUCGUGUCAUUAUUGUUGGGGCUGGUAUGGCCGGACUGACGGCUGCCAAACUGCUGCGGGAUGCAGGACACCAGGUAACGUUGGUAGAGGCCAGCGCUCGUGUUGGAGGACGGGUGGAGACCUACAGGAAUGAAAAAGAGGGCUGGUACGCUGAACUGGGAGCCAUGAGGAUCCCAAGCUCUCACCUCAUUUUGCGGUGGUAUGCUGCAAAUCUGGGGGUAAAGCUGAAUCCGUUCAUCAUGGAUGACAACAACACCUUUUACUUUAUUCGUGGGCGGCGGGAGAGGACAUAUGCGGUCAAAGCAAACCCUGACAUUCUACAGUACAAUCUGCCAGAAGAUGAAAGGGGGAUGUCGGCGAACAAGCUGCUGCAGAAAGCUCUACAGAAGGUUAAAGACUAUGUGAAGAAGCAUGGUUGCAAAGCUGCGCUGGAGAAAUACGACCGCUAUUCAGUGAAGGAGUAUCUACAGGAAGAAGGUGGUGUAAGCCCACAGGGGAUUGACAUGAUCGGAGACCUGCUAAAUGAAGAUAGUCUCAUGUUCCUCGCUCUGACCGAAAUGAUCUAUCUCCAGAGUGACAUCAAUGACAAGACAAUGUAUGAUGAAGUUACCGGUGGCACGGAUCUUCUCGCCCAUGCUUUUCAUAUUGCUCUUCAUGAUGUCAAAAUCCUCCUGAACUCCAAAGUCAAACGCAUCAGGCAACCCAGUCAGGGAGUGGUAGUAUCAUAUCAGACAGGAUCCCAGUCUUCUCUAACGGACCUGUACGCUGAUGCUGUCCUGGUAACAACCACAGCCAAAGCAGCCCUCUUCCUGGACUUUGAUCCUCCUCUUUCCAUCAACAAGACGGAGGCCCUGAGGUCAGUGCACUACGGAAGCUCCACUAAAAUCAUCCUCACCUUUAGCAAAAAAUUCUGGGAAAACGACGACAUCCAAGGAGGAAAGAGCAUCACCGAUGGGCCUUCUCGUUUCAUCUACUAUCCCAGCCACAGUUUCCCAAACAAUAAGAACAUCGGUGUCCUCCUGGCCUCGUACACCUGGGGUGACGACUCCCACCUCUUCACUGGAGUAAGUGAUGAAGACCUGAAGGAGAUGGCCCUCAGAGAUUUGGCAAAAAUACACGGUGAACAUGUGAAAUCUCUGUGUACAGGAGUGGUGGUGAAGAGGUGGAGUGCAGAUCCUUACAGCUUGGGUGCUUUUGCGCUCUUUGGACCCUACCACCAUUUGGAGUAUGCCAAGGAACUGUUCAGGCAUGAAGGCAGGGUGCACUUUGCAGGAGAACAUACAGCCUUCCCUCAUGCUUGGAUCGAGACAUCUAUGAAAUCUGCGAUCAGGGCUGCGACAAACAUCAGCAACGAAGCGCUGAAACAGUCUACAUUUGUAGUCAGAGAUGAGCUGUAGGGUGUGGAAAAAGUUCAAGUAACUGUGUUGGGUAUAUGUUUAUAAAAUACUUGUGGGAUAGACAGCUUGUAUGGGGCUCCGUGGUUAAAUACUCAGAAAAACUUAACACACUCUAAACCAGGAGUGUCAAACAUGUGGCCCGUGGGCCAAAACUAGCCCGCCAAAGGUUCCAAUCCGGCCUGUGGAAUGAAUUUGCGAAGUGCAAAAAUUACACUGACGAUAUUAACAAUCUUUGGUGUUGUUUUAGUUCAUGUUACACAUUCAGACCAAUGUGAUCUAGUAAAAUAAUAGCAUGAUUACCUAAAAUAAUGAGAACUACAAUUUUUCUUCUUGGUUCAAAUGUAAAAAAAAUAACAUUACACUGAAAAUAUUUACAUUUACAAACAAUCCUUUAAC